AAUCUCCCGUCCUCGGGCAGUGAACACCAUGUACAGCAUACAGUGCAUACCUACAGUGCAUACCUACAGUGCAUCCUUACAGGGUAAUCCCCGGCCAGCCACAGCGCCGCCUCACCAAUGCCCAUAACAGCUCAAUAGUCACUGAAUGACUGGCGUGGAAGUGUCCCUGAAUAUCAUCUUGCAACCUCUAGCCGUUGCACGAUGCUGAUUGGAAAGAGGCUGUGGUCCUCCCUCAUCUGUCGUGAAUAAUCGGGAUCACUGCUGAGGGAAUGGGCAUCUCGCAGGCAGGCCAAUCCUUGUCAGCUAGAGUGAUCCUCAGACGUCGAUCGUAUCGUUCGUUUCUCUUACUGCAUUAUGCCAGUUGGGCCGCCAACAUAUCAUGCCGUGUCUUCAUGAGUUUGCGAGUGGACGCCCCAUCACCUCCCUUUUCGUCUACUCGUAUGUCCAACGACGGGAUAUCGUGAAACAAAUGGGCUGGGCAAACAUGGUCCGUAUAAGCCUCGCCCUGUAUCAAUCACAUUUGCUUGUUUGUACGAUACUAAGCAUGUUGCUAUUAAUUGUUUCUUACCUAUGGACCUGUUUCCCUUCUCUCGGGAUUGCGGACAGGCCUCUUUCUGACCCAGCUACCCGCUGUUUGAUGUUCGACCCCAAAUCGAUCCCCUUGGUCUCAAUCAAUGUACAACGCACCACUCUCCCUUGCCCACCCCUACUCAUCAGGGCCGACGUCAUGGAUCUUCCCUGUACCCUGCAGGGUCGACAUGGCAUGUGCGCCCCUCAAAAUAACCCAGGUCUGUUCCCAGGGGAAUUCAAACGGGUCCCGUCAAUUUGGGCGCGGUCUAGCGGGUCAGAGCUACUGCCCAGAGCUGAUGUCGGGCUGUCAGGGCUGGGGGCAGGCAAGGCGGCAGCUGUCCUGAGUGGCAGAUCUCGCCGGCUUCCAGAAGAGUUCAAUCAUCAGUGCCCAUGCUCCCCUGACCCAUAUCUCACUCUCAGGCGGUGUCGCGUUGUCGUCCCCUAGUGUGGCUUGCCUCAUCUAGGGAUCCCGCAUCUCCCUUGGCACUAUAUUUGAUAAUGUUUUCCUGCGCCAUAGGCGUCAAUACGAUCUGGGCUGUUGGUUGAGGCUAAUUAAUCCCCAGCCAUGCGUGUUGUGAAUUUCGGUGAAAGCGAUCCAGGACCGCUCGACGUUUGGUGAAGCUUUGCCUGAAUCUGUGGUACACUUGACAUGAUGUAAUCUCAAUAUCUGGUCACCUGGUCUUGUUAGUUGACAGCCCUGU